ACAAGCUCAGUGACGUCACGAUCAUUAUAAACAAAAUAAAAACGGAAAAAACAGAGGAUUCGACUGGAAAGAAGUUAAGAUGACACAACAAGCUGCUGCUCUCCAGAGCUAUAACAAUGAACUAGUGAAAUGUAUAGAAGAGUUAUGCUUGAAGCGAGAUGAUGUCCACAAACAGAUAAAACAAGAAGAAGAGGAGAAGACCAAGGUUCAGAAUGAUCUUCGUAUUCUCACUGAGAAGUUAGCUAAACUCAAUGAGAGCCUUGCUAAGAAGAUCGCAACGAGAAAUGAGUAUGACAAAACAAUUGGUGAAACAGAAGCUGCUUAUAUGAAGAUCAUUGAGAGCUCCCAUUCUCUGCUCAACGUACUACAGAAGGAAGCAGCCGUACUCAAAGAUAAAGGAGUGCCAGGUUUUACUAAUGCCUCUUCAACAACGUAACAUCUCAUUGCUUUGUACAGGGGGCCUGUCUCAUACCUAUAUUGGUCAUGUAUUUAUUGUAUAUAUUGUACAUAAAAUCAUUUUGAUGGAACAUUUGUGAUAAAAUGGGAUGUGAUGAAUGUAUUUGAUCUUUGUUCUCCCGAGUCCGUCCAAGCUUAAAGAGCGAUGUCAAUAUAAUACCAAUACUGUGAAUGUAUCUUCCUACAUGUGGACGAAGAUGAUUAUUAGUUGAUGUGACAUCUAUAUCUACACAUCUAGAUAUCUUGGUUACAUGGUUUUCAGUACUCAAAUGGCAAUCCAAUAAAGCUGGAAUGUGUGAAUGCAGAAAAAAGGGAGAGAAAUUGGUUGGUGAAAGUUUGUAAGAAAGUGGACAAUACAAUAUAUCAAGAAAGUUGAGAUGACCAAAAUCUAUGUAAAUGUUGAAUUGGCAAAUGGGUAAGUAUAUUAGUCAGCAACAAACCAUGUAAAAUUGAAAAUUAAGUUAUUGUAUAGGGGCAUAUGGGAGAGUUAUUUGCCUAUAUCAAAGACUUUGAAGUAAUGUUACCAGUUUGCAAAUUUGAAGUGAUCUCAAAUUUUGUAGUUUCAUCGUCAAUUGUGAUAUGAUGUACUAUCCAGUGGUAUUAAACAUGUCAUGGUUUUAAGUGUCUGUGAGGGAGGUAAAUGGUCAUUCAAAACUUUGCCAUCCACAUGCAUCUAUAUAGUUAAAAA